ACACGCGUGGCCGGUGAGCGAAGGGGAACGACCAGCGAAAAUAGGUGAACUCGAGAAAGUCGGUCCUCCUCCGACGCGCGCAGCCGCUGAACCCAGUGCGGCGGCGGCCGGGAGAGUGUUGCAAAAAUAGGGGAGGGAAAAAGUGGACCCCCCCCCCCCCCCCCCCCUUGCCCCCGGCGCGUUUUUUCCAUUCCAUCUCGGCGGCGAAUGAAAGUCCCCUCAUUGCCGGUCGUGCACGCGCCGCCGGCCACGCUGACGCCUUUGCCGCGCACCGGACCGGUCGCCUGCAGCGAGCGAACUUCGUGCGCGGCCCCCAAGCACACCGGCACUCGAGAGUGCAUCGUGAAAGGUUGCAGCGACGCGCUGCCGGACCGCUAGUGGGACUGAACGUCUGCACCCCCUCUUAGCUCGACUCUUCCCAGUGUGUGUGCCUGCGUGUGUGAGUGCCAGUCGAUGAACGUGCGCGUCCGAACACAGCCUGACGACACUAGCUUUUGACAUCUAAUCGCCAGCCACGACUGUGCUCCGAGAACCUGGAUUCAGUGGAAGUUCUAACCGUUAGCAACGACACUGCUCGCGUGCCGCAAACCCGAGGAACGGACACUGCCACUGGAGAGGCCAAUGACCAACGCCGUCCGCGACCUGUAGGUUGGACGUGCGCUCGUCAAAGGCGCUUGAUCCGUUGCCUGGGUCUGCCGUGUGGACGAGUGGUGACUGCAAGUGUGUGUUUUGGCCCGACGCUAGCUCCGGUGCCAGGUUACGACGACUAUCCUGCGUACUUAGAAACGAAGACGUCAGUACACGAGUAGCACCUGAGGUUAAGCAUCUGGAGGGUUCCGCUGUCAUCGAGUGAGGCGGCGAAGUUAUAAGAUUGACGGACCAACUCCUUUCGCCUUUGCACGUGUGCUGUCUUAACUCCCCGGAAGAACGGUCUAAUUUACGUAUACGACGGACCCCGGCCAGUGAUUGGUCGAUGAACACGCAUCAGUGCGCGUAGGUUGUCAUCGCUCCCGCACGAAGGAAAGAAUAAGACAGCGCCGAGAAGCGGCACGUGGCAGCGGCGGCUACUGUUGUGGUUUGACAGACCGCUGGCACCGCUCCCAGCGCGGCGGCUGCAGGCGCGGCGGCGUCAACGUCUUUCGCGCCAACGAGGGACACCGGCGUUUUUCCACCGGCGGCCGCUGGAUUUGGCGCCCAACCGAAACCGCCGCCCUCACCCCUUUCGACUGUCCGGAAAGGAUCGAGGUCUGAUUGCGUCGAAAUUCAAAGCAACCGUAAUGCGGUCGGCCUCCAAGCAUAACCUCCGGCAGAACGGACCGUCGUUUUCUUGGACAAAGCCAUGCUGAAACUGCUGCUCAACCACUGGCAAGAGUCGUACCACAAGGCUCCGACCAGGGUUACCAGCGAGGACCCGUUGCUCUGCACGGACCUCGCCAAGACUCGACCGAACGAGGAGUUCCUUGUGUCCAGGGUCAAUCCACUCUUCGUAGACUCUAGCAGCGAAGUUUCACCAAGCAGCACAAUCAACAAACCAUCGACGACCACCAAGACCACUGCCGAGGUCCACAGUUCGCAAGACGGCGAUAACGAAGUCGCUUCGACGUCCCAGGAGCCUCCGAAACCGCCUGAUCCACUGAGAGGAGACGCUGAAUCAGCUUCCACGUCAGCUGUUGCAGAGACAAGUUCCAACUCCGAAGCUUCAUCGAAGACAGACGCGACAGAUUCCGAAGUUGUAGUAACAGCUGACAGUGAUAAGAAGCCGAGCGAGUCGCAGCCUUCGGAAGGCGACUCACCAAAGGACUCACUGGAGACUGACAGGUCCUCCUCACCGAAGCCCUUGGUGGAGCUUCGCGAGUGGCAAGAGAACAAGCCGGAGGACAGAGUGCUCAACCGCUUAAGGAGUUCGGGAAGGGCGUCACUCAUCACGAAGGAAAAACUCAACCUUGUAGAGAAAGUGAUCGCCGAGAGACUAGGCAAGAGGAUUCCGGAGCCGGGCAUACGUAAAACAAUCGAACUCCUCAAGAACGAGUCGGCACCACCUUCCCCGCAACAGACGCUUCUACCAGCUACGAAGAGAGAGCAGGUCGAGGCAGCCCCUGAGCAACCUUCCACGUCAGUACCGCCUCCGGAACCAUCUCCUACCAGUAGCGGUGACAAGCAGGAAAGUCCCGUGCAAUCUGUGACACCUCCGCCGCCGGCUUCAACGGAGGAGACAGCGUCAGUCGUCGACGGCAGCGUCCGAGCCGAAGCAAGCAAGACCCCCGAAGCUCCUUCUGAAGCGGGAUCCUCAGUGGCGUCAGCGUCUGCGCCCAAGGACGAGAGCUCGGAAACAGUCAGCAUGCCCAAAAUCGAGGACGCCCACUCAGACUCUAUGACGGAUUCGUCCAACAGCAAGAAGGAGGAACGCAAGAAUGGCAAGUCUUCCGGUCCGUCCACGUCGGAGGACAGCGGCAUCACGCGAGGCGACCAGGUCUACUCGGAAUCGGGCCGACGCAAGGUUUCGACAAAGUCUGACUCCUCGGACCAGAGCAGCUCCGAGGCUAGUAGAGGAAAGCGCCACCGCAGGAUCAAGAAGGACGCGUCCCGGGACAGCACCAGGAAGCGGCACAAGUCGGCCUACAAGUCUCGCUGCAGCUUCUGCAGCAAGGCAGCCAAAAAGUCCCACCAGAGGAAUGGUCACAAGCACAAGCACCGGAGCGUGGCCGAGUCCGGCCUCGUGUCGGGCUCCGGCUCGCUGUCGGACCUUGCCUUCGAGCACCCGUGGCUGAGCGACAGCUGCACCGCCCAAUGCCGCCAGAAGCGGUCCUCCAUCACGUGCAUGGAGAGCUGCAGGGACUACCCCUGCGAGGACUUCCACAACGCCGUUUACAGGUAUCCCGGGGGCCACCUUGGUUGCGAAGGCUGCAGCUGCAUCCGGGCUCCGUUCCCCGAGUGCUGCCGCUGGGGCGACGUUCCUCGCAGCCGCUACUCGUGGAACGGCAGCGAGGCGGCCGCCGUGGCAGCGGCUGGCGGACACCCCCUGUGCGCUUGUCGCAGGGCGCACCCCGUGUUCUCGUCCAGGAGGAAAGUCAAGUUUGCCCACAAGUCCAAGGACUCUCUGCAGCAGAAGACUGAGCUGAAUGAGGACGAGGAAGAUGCUGAUCGGGCAUCCGGCGAGGGCAACCCCGACUCCGCCACCAAGUCGGACCAAGGGAGCUUCGGCGAAGUGCCCCCCAAGGAGUCUCCAUCCAACGGCCACAUUCUGGCUGAAAAUGGCCUGCUGGAAAAGCAGCAGGGGCCUCCGGGACCCCCGUACGCCUGGGAGGAAUGGCGGCGAUACAUGCGGGAAAAGAAUCUUCGCUCCCGGCGCAAGAGGGCGCUAUGCAUGGGCGUCAUCGCUCUCUCCAUCAUACUGUUCGUCGGUAUCUCAGUGUCCCUGGGCCUCGCAUACUUGCGCAGGAAGUUCUGAAGCAUAUGCCAGUGUGCAGAAUCCGGACCAGUCAACGAAUAGCCGCUACGCUGGCGUUUCUGCGGUGUACGUCUCGUUUGCGGCACCCUCAGUUCGACAGCGGCGCUUACGGCCAGCCCAUUGUCGUAAAGGAGUUCAAUGCCCAACAUUUAUACCCUUCCAUAACGCGGAAGUAAAAGACAACGCGGCAAAUAUUUGAGAUAGCAAGAUGGCAGGACUUAAGAUUGCAUGCUAUCCACAGAUUCCGGCUCAUCGAGAGCACUGAAUCCGCUUGAUGCAAAGCAUAUUAAGAGCUGGACUAUAGUAUCGUGUGGAAAUUAGUAAAAUUUACUGAGCACUGGACUUACUGCCUGUCACUUUGACUUCAAAAGCCUAGAUACGCUUUUAAAUUUUGAAUUUUAUAGGCAUAAAAAUCAAACGCUACCCUUUACAAGACAUGUCGAUGCGCGAGUAGUCUAACUUUAGAAUGUGCAAAGCACACCCGCUUGUGCGCGCUGCACGAAAAUAUAGACACACUUUGCCAAUCACAGAAUUUGGCUGCAAUACCUUGUAAGGAGCCUUGUAAUGCCGUUACCAUAAAUGUACAGCGACACAUUCUCGAGCAGCUACGGCUUAGGAAUGUAAAAUUGUGCAACCGCUGCUAGCAGCAAAAUGACCUGAACGUACUGUCGAAUCACUGAAAGAAUCCACGACGAUAGCAGCGUUCUCGACCAGUUGUGCACCCUGCCAAACGACACGAGAGCGAAGAAUCACCACGGAGACCUCUAACAUCGUACGCCUCGACCACAAUACGCGCGGUCUCCGAGGUCAUCGGAUUGCACGACCAGUUAGUGACCAUCAGUGAACACGGACCAGGCCGCCAGGGGAGGAUGGACGCUGCUGCGCUCGUUACCGCGUUACCGUGUCUGUGUUUCAAGAGAUGCGCCGCCUCCUUCGAAAGUCAUCAUGCAACGUCGGGCACAGCCGCCGACGCUUCCUGCAAUACCCCAGACCGAACUGCGUGUGAAAGUCGUUCUUCUUCCUCUUCUCACAAGAAAAGACACUAACAAGUGCGCACAUUCAUUUCCAAUAUGGAAGCGUUUUCAGCCAAGAGCCCUUAAAAGCGGCAGACUGAAUGCACGCCACUGUGUUUCUUUGUGUUUGUUUGUUUGUUUGUUUGUUGAUUUUUCAUUUAUUAUAUCUCAAAUGCCCCGAUAAGGGGUAUUACAUGAGGGGGUGGGCUUGUUUCUAUAAGUCCACUCACUGUUAGAAGUUAGGCAGAUCACUUCGUGGUAAUUUGAUCAAACAUGGUUAUGAGACCAUGUGGUCGUCAUAUUCAAUCAAGUGGAAGCGAAAGAAAAUCAAGAAAUGAAAAAAGGAAUUGUGUAGCCAAGUUCUGAUCAUCAACCAGGAGGUUUGCUUCCGUCAUCAUUUUGUAUAUGAUUUGUGCCAGUCUGGCCAGAGGAACUCUGGAGUAUGCUGUUGAAUGUGCAGUCGAAAGGUGUGCUGUUAGACUCUUCAUCACAUAUGGCACAGAACGGGCGAAAUUGUUUACGGAACAUGUAGCUGUCAUAGACCUUCAUAACGAGGGAAGCCUGACGAAAUCCUUUUUGUGUUGACUUUUCCGAGUGAUCCUUGCAGCUAUCAAAGUCUAAUGCGUGACGAAGUGCUGCGCGUUGGGAAGUAACGCCUUCUGCUUGGAGAUGUAUUCAAGAACCGUCCAUAUACUUAUUUACUGUGCACUGCCAGAGUGUCUUGAAACUGCCAGUACUGAGAAUGUGGCGCGGUUACUUACACCAACCGGUGUUAACAAUGACACGCACCUUUUAGAAGUAUUCGCUUCUUUUACUGCCCUGCAUUGUGGAUCUUGUCUCAUUAUCAUGGCCGUCCUGUAACAUGGUCGUAUUCCGGCUCAACCACUAGAACUGAUUGUGCCUCCCUGCGCUAGGCUGCUUGUGGUUUAUGCGUGCUUGCAGGAAAUGAGACAAAGACAUCUUCAGCCAGGCUCCUGAGUUCUCGCGUUAUUUAUAUGUACUGGGCCUCCAAACAAAUGUUGGCGUCAUGUCUGAUACUGGAGAAGUCAAUCGUGCGUGGUUGCCUGAGCGACCGUAGGAAUUACACACGUGUAGGUUCAAUCAUGGAUGCCUAGUGACGUCUGUAAUCGACAACCUGCUGGAAUGAUUCUUGAUCGCCAGCUGAAUUGAGGACUGCUAGUACGGCUGAAUAUGUAGAAUUUUUUCGCGACUAGACGCCACUUACGUCACAACUUCUCCGGGUAAAAGGGACGAAAAUAAGUGCCAACGUUAUAUACUAUGACAGACUCGAUUUGGAGUGAGCGUCUGAAUGGCUUGAUUAUAUUUCGUCUGCUUUCUAGAGCGCACCUUGUUUUUGUCAGCUCCACAUCGAGGCAGGCGUAACUAUAAAGAAAAUAGCUGAAAAACUUAAAGGAAAGGGACCACUCAAUAUUCUACGUGACAUGCAGUGAACAUGUACGACCUUUUUUUUCUUAUUUUUUUCGACCACUUGUGUCAGUCACUAUCCGGGGUUACCGACCGCUCUGAGCUACCAGCGUAGUCACUAGUCCAAGAAAAUGCUAUUACAGGCGCACUAUAGGAAGCAUGCAAUAUGCCUCUGAGCCUGCAGGGUAUAGUUUCGUCCAAGAGUUUUAACUGGUUACUUAUUGUGUUGAAUUUUAAUUUGUUGGUACAGUAAUUAUAACUUAAGACGCCUAUACCACGGAUAUAUGUCUGCCUGCUGCAGAGUUGUUGCUGUCAGUGUGCUUUGUGAGAUGAAAUAAAAUUUUUCUCACCGUUUUUACACAAGUUGAA